AGCUGCCGGGCUGCCCAGCCAGGCCGGCAACCGGCAGCCCCGGAGCCGCCGCCGCCUCCGGUACGACCUGGCCGGUCCCGCCGCCGCUCCGCUGGCCGCCGCCGAUGGCACCGCGCUGCCGCCGCCAAGGAGGAAGGUGCUGACUGGGUGCUCUGAAGCUCUGGGGUUCGCUGCCCACGGGCUCAACGGGAUGAUGCCAGCCGGCUGAGAGACCCCCCCCCUGCCCCUGGCAGUGCCGAUGUGACCGAGCGGCCGGCCGGGACCUGCGGCACUGAGCCCGACACGGCGAGCGCAGUGGCUCGUGGCCCCCCUUUUGGGGCCCGCCACCCGAAGAUGAGCGAUGGCGGGUGGAUCUCGCUCAGCCCCACCGAGUUUGCCCAGCUCCAGCAGUACACAGACUACUCCACCAAGAAGCUCAAGGAUGUCCUGGAGGAGUUCCACGGGGACGGCGUCCUCUCGAGGUACAACCCCGAACAGCCCAUCGACUAUGAGGGCUUUCGCCUCUUCAUGAAGACCUACCUGGAGGCGGACGUGCCCGAGGAGCUUUGCCAACACCUCUUCACCUCCUUCAAGCGUAAGAUAUGCCAAGCCUCCCCCGACACCCAGCGCCAGAGCCCCGGCGUCUCGCAGCUCAACACCCUCGAGCCUAAGUCACUCAAUGCCGGCAUCUCUAUCCAGACCGAGGUGGCCUGCGCCACUGUCACAGGGAUCAAUGGGAAAACGCUCUUAAGUGCCCUGGGACGACACACUCCUGAGCCCAAGAGCUGCCACAGCAACACGGCUGAGCCGCAGCCGGCGUCCCUCACCCCGGCAUCGAUCGCCAAUGCCUCCCCUAGCUGGUCCAGGUCGUCCUCCCAGAAGUCCACCACCGGCACCCCUUCCGCUCACAACUCCUCGGGCUCUUCGAAGAUCUCCUCCGGGUCCCUGCUCAGCCCUCAGUCGCCAGGCAUGAGGAGCACGGAGAAGAGGUUACCCUUCAGCCUGCGGAAGAGCCACAGCUCCCUGAAAGCCGCCCCCCCGCUGCCCCCCGGCCCCCUGGCCCAGGUAGUCCACCUGAAGGACAUCGUCUGCUACCUGUCCCUGCUGGAGAGGGGACGGGCAGAGGACAAGCUGGAGUUUAUGUUUCGCCUCUACGAUACUGAUGGAAACGGCCUCCUGGACAGCUCGGAGCUGGAUCGUAUCAUCAACCAGAUGGUGCACGUGGCCGAGUACCUGGAGUGGGACUCCACCGAGCUGAAGCCGAUCUUGAAGGCGAUGAUGGAGGAGAUCGACUACAACCAUGACGGGACCGUGACGCUGGAGGAGUGGAUCCGGGGCGGCAUGACCACCAUCCCCUUGCUGGUCCUCCUGGGGAUGGAGACGAACGUGAAGGACGACGGGCAGCACGCCUGGAGGCUGAAGCACUUCAAGAAACCUGCCUACUGCAACUUCUGCCGCACCAUGCUGCUGGGGGUCCGCAAGCAGGGCCUCUGCUGCUCCUUCUGCAAGUACACCGUCCACGAGAGGUGCGUGUCCAAAGAUAUCGCCUCCUGCAUCAGCACCUACGUGAAAUCCAAGAGAAACACGAGCGUGAUGCAGCACACGUGGAUCGAGGGCAAUUCCCCCGUCAAGUGUGACAGAUGCCACAAGAGCAUCAAGUGCUACCAGGGCAUCACCGGCCUGCACUGCGUCUGGUGCCAAGUCACCCUCCACAACAAAUGUGCCUCCCACGUGAAGCCGGAGUGCGACGGGGGCCCGCUGCGGGACCACAUCUUGCUGCCUUCCUACAUCUGCCCCGUCGUCCUGGACAGGCAGUCCCACUGCCGGAGAUCGGAGAGCGACUCUCCUGCCAGCACCAGCCCCGAGGACAACCAGGGCUUCAAGUUCAACUCCACCACGGUGGAUGGGCAAGGACUGCAGAUCAGCCCCCGGCCCGGGACGCACCCCCUCCUGGUGCUUGUGAACCCCAAGAGCGGAGGAAGGCAAGGGGAGCGGGUCCUCCGGAAAUUUCACUACCUGCUCAACCCACGCCAAGUGUACAACCUGGACCGCGGCGGGCCCGCGCCAGGGCUGAGCUUUUUUCGGGACACGCCGGAUUUCCGCGUCCUGGCCUGCGGAGGGGACGGCACAGUGGGCUGGAUCCUGGACUGCAUAGACAAGGCGAACUUGGUGAAGCACCCGCCGGUAGCCGUCCUGCCCCUGGGAACGGGCAAUGACCUGGCCCGGUGCCUGCGCUGGGGAGGAGGCUAUGAAGGAGGCAACCUGAUGAAGGUCCUGAAAGACAUCGAGCACAGCACGGAGGUGAUGCUGGAUCGCUGGCAGAUGGACGUCAUUCCCAGUGACAGAGAGGCCAAUGGUGACCCUGUCCCGUCCACCAUCAUCAACAACUACUUCUCCAUCGGGGUGGACGCCUCCAUCGCCCACCGCUUCCACGUCAUGCGAGAAAAGCACCCCGAGAAAUUCAACAGCAGGAUGAAGAACAAGCUGUGGUACUUCGAAUUCGGGACGUCGGAGACCUUUGCGGCCACCUGCAAGAAGCUCCACGACUAUGUCGAGGUGGAGUGCGACGGGACCCUGCUAGACCUGAGCAACGCGUCCCUGGAGGGCAUCGCCGUCCUCAACAUCCCCAGCAUGUACGGCGGCUCCAACCUCUGGGGCGAGACCAAGAAGCAACGCGGUUACAACCGGCUGGGCAAGAAAGCGCCGGAGAAGCUGCACGCCACGGUGGUCACCGACGCCAAGGAGCUCAAGUUCUGCGUGCAGGACCUCAGCGACCACCUCCUGGAGGUGGUGGGGCUGGAGGGCGCGAUGGAGAUGGGGCAGAUCUACACGGGGCUGAAGAGCGCUGGGAAGAGACUGGCCCAGUGUUCAUCCGUCACCAUCAGGACGUCCAAGCUGCUGCCCAUGCAGGUGGACGGGGAGCCCUGGAUGCAGCCAUCCUGCACCGUCAAAAUUACACAUAAAAGCCAAGUGCCGAUGCUGCUGGGCCCGCCGCAGAAGAGCAGCUUCUUUUUCCUGAAGAGGAGAAACCGAACUCGAGAUUAAGCAGCGUGCAAGGAGCCGCAGCCCAGAGGCACCCGGCGUCCCAGACACCCACCCGCUGCGGGGGGAUCCCCAAAUCCCCGCUCCGUGGCGGGGAGAGAAAACACCCCCCCCCCAAGCCCGGCAGGGAUGAUUUGUCCUGGGAAGGUCUUGGAGGCUCCUUCCCAACCACCACAAGCGUCUUCUCCAGCUGGGAUGGAAGCGGUGGGCGAAGGCAGGCCGACGCGCGGGGAGCGCGUUCGCCGGAGCGGUGCUAGGACUGAGGUUUUUUUUUUCCCUUUAUUUAAAUAACCCCCCCCCCCCGCCCCUGCUGCAAAUGAACGUGCUCCCGAGAAAACGCCAAGCUUCACUUAUUUAUUUUUAAUCCUCUUGAAGGACACUCGAUGUUUUGCUGCACUGGCUUUCUGUCCCCCAACCCUUGCACGUGGGAGAAGUUAUUUAUUUUCUUAGGCUAGAGGAGAUGGUCUCUGCCAUGCCUUUGGCUAGCGAUUCUGGGAUGGGUUUUAAGCAGAUGCAAAGACAGCCUUCGCUGCCGGCCCUGGGAGCCGCGAGGCGUGGGACGGGCUUGGGGACAGACGGUGCCUGUGCCACGGGGACAAGUGCGGGGUGGACGGGAGGAGACCGUGUUUUGAUGUGGAAACGGCA